GUGUUUCUCUUUGAGGGACAUUAGUGUGUGUAGAAGAAUCAGUGGUGAUGGAGUGUUUGUAUCUUCUGCUUGUUGUGUUUCACUUCACUGCAGGCUGCUCUCUCUCAGGGGAAAUAGUGGUCAGAGGACACACUGGCGGCUCAGUAGUGCUGCCCUGCUCCUGCACUGACCUACAGACCAAACCUCAGAGAGUCACCUGGCAGGUCUAUAGAGGGAAAGAGUGGACUGAAGUGUUCAGUGCUGAUCAGUACAGAGACAGACUUCAGCAGUUUAAUGACGACUCUCCUGCUAAUCUCUCUCUGCUCAUAUCUGACCUGAGAGAAGAAGAUGAUGGAGACUACAGGUGUCAGACUGAGAAGGAAAGCAGAUUCUUCAGGCUGUUUAUUAAAGGUUGUGAUCUGAUGAAGAGUGGAGAAACCGAGGAGGUGACGAGGUUCUCAGGAGAAUCUGUAGUCCUGCUCUGCUCCUGCACUGACCUACAGACCAAACCACACACUGUUAAAUGGAAGUUUAGAUCAGCAAAAUCUGGAAUUUAUAACAUUGAAGAAAUAUACUCUACACAGACUGGACAGCACAGAGACAAAGUCCGACUGACCAAUAAGUACUCAGGAAACCUCUCUCUACUCAUAUCAGACCUGACUGAAGAGGAUCAGGGAGACUACAGCUGUUCAGUCCAGGGAGAUCAUAAAGACGUCAGACUUCAUGUUAAAGUGAGAGAAACUCCAACACGCUUAUGGACAACAGACCCAACAACUCCAUCAGAAGAUCAUCCAUCUACAGCCGUGACUGAAAGUGAGAGAAUCAUGAUGUGUGUUGCGCAUUAAUCUUCACUAAAACUGAUAAAUCAACACACACUCUGCUGAUUUCCAUCUGAAGAAAGAAUGAAUCCACACCCACACUGGCCUCUCUGCAGGGCUUUCACUGAACCAUUCGCUGCUUUAUGGAAAUACUGCUCUCCUCUCCCUUUAAAUCACACCGCUGAGAUUGAACUCAUUCUGAUGCUCAUCCUUAACACUGAUUUAAUCUAAAUACUUCUGCAUUUAUAUCACUUUCUAACCACAACUUUACAUUUUUAUAUUAGAGACAGAGCUCAGAGCCUUUUACACCAUUUUAAUCUUCUCUCUGUACAGACAGUAUGAAAUAAUAAAUACAUCAGUUUAAGAUUCUCA